CAAUGUUUACAGCAAGUUAAGAUGAGAAUUAAGAAUUGCCAAUUAUUUUGAUGUUCUCACUGCUUAUGAUAGGUUUUUAAAACAAUAUGUUAGGAUACAGUUUGAUAGUUUAAUUUGCUCCAAAUUAUGGAUUAUAGGCAAAGCAAGAGAUAAAAAAAAAGGUGAUAUUCUUCUCUUGUUUUUCUUUUCCAAGGCCAAGUCUAGUCCGUACAGUUCAUUCAUCAACUUUCUUUUUCUGUGGGGAAGGUUAUUUGAUGUUAUACCAUGGAUCUAUUCAUUUUUUUCUUCUAGUUUUAUUGAUAAAGUAAUAUAAUACUAAAUAUUGUUCAGGUUCUACCGAUUCUUGGGAUCCUAUAAUUAUGAUUAAGAUUACCGGUAAGAAAGUUGAACAUUUGUUAUCAUGCACUAUACUUCCGCCCGCCGUCGGCUGGAUUUAUCGGCCAAGGCAACUAACUACCGGUAAACUUCUCGACUCCAGCUCAUGCAACGUUAUGUAACCCAGCAACCGAUUUCGUCGUUGUGAACCGUGCAUGAUCUUCUUACAAUGGUGGUCCCUCCCCCAUGUUUGCAGUAGCCAUCAUAUUUUGUUCAGCAGUGAAUAUGCUACAAUGCACCAUGCAGUCAGAUCUGUAUAGAGUGAGUCACAUUGCAAAGGCACUCGAGGGUUGCAGUCUGAAAAUGGCCCUGUAUAACUGACAACAGUAACCAGCUGCUUGCAGAGGCUCUUGUGCAAGGGUUUCUGGAAGCUUGAGCGUGCCAAACAAAACCUUAGCCAGGAAGUGCCAUCUACAGCUGCAUUAUGGGCACUGUGAUGAGUAGUCAGAAGAAAGGUCGGAAGGUGAGAGGAGUGGAUCAUAUAGAUAUGCCAGCUCAGCUGGAGAAAACAGGACCAGACAGAGCAGAUCGGGAGAAAGUAGAACCAGAUAAAGGUCCCGCUCCUGAGGGGAAUGAAUUACAGAAAGAGAAGUUAGACAAGUGGAUACUGGAGACUUCUGACAACAUGGAGUACCUGCAAAGCAGCGAUGACUACGCUACCGAGGAGUGCUUCAAGAUCUAUGAUAACCUACGGAAAGCUAGUACGCUCAAACCAAAGUCCAAUCGAAUCGUGCUGGCAGAACAUCUACUUUCUGUAGGAUUUGUGGAGAUAUUUCCCAGGAUGUGGAAUGACCUUAACAGCUAUCAGAUCUAUGUGGAUGAACCUGUUCCCAAAGCUAAACAAGCUCUCACCAAUCUCAAAAGAAUGCUGGGAAGUUAUUGGAACUUUACAGACUGCUCAGAUAAAGCCUGCACAGAAUUUGGGAAACUGAAAUGUUUAGACUUGUUAAUCGAAGGGCUAAAGGAUCCCGAACUGAGUGUCGAUCGAUUGAACGAUGACGGAAAACGAUAUGUCGUUAAGGGAAUACUUGGAAUCAUACAUAACUGUUGUAGGAGAAAGUUCAAGAACCGUGCUCGUUGCUACAGUGCCAUUGAUAACUUGCAGGAAUUAACAACGUCAUCGUACCUCAUCGUUCGGGCAAAGUCUUUCAUAAUCCUUGCGUAUGUUGCUAAGAAGUCUGAGGUGGAGAAGCUACAAACAAACAAUGGGUGUAUGAAGUUCAUGCUGAAGAUGAUUGAAGAGGCUCUUGUGUACAAGAAUCAUGUCACCAAAAAAUAUGGUUUCUCUGCCUGUGAGACACUACAAGGCUUGAAUCAGUUAGCCAUCAAUGACGAGAACAAGAAAUUAAUAGUUGAGCUAGAUGGGUUGCUAUUGAUUGGGAAGAUGCUAGGAGAGAAAUGCACAGAUGAAGAACAAGAGACUGCAGCUGCUGCUAUUUGGCAACUGGCGUUUGUUGAUGAAAACAAGGAGAAAAUAAGACAGGAUCAAGAAAUCAUAAAAUCUCUAAUGUUCCUGAAGAAUAGUGAGAAUGCAGCCAUCAGAGAUGCAUGUACCGGUGCAUUGUGGGAGAUCUAUGACACCAAGGUGCCUCUUGGUGUACACAACGAGAAGUCUGAGAGAUCCCUGUCCUCAUCUACCAUCUCCAUCAACAGUGAGACACCACACAUCAUGAUUAGCUACCAGUGGGACUGUCAGGAGAGGAUGAUAGAAAUCAGGGAUCUACUCCAGAAAGCUGGAUUCAACGUCUGGAUGGAUAUUGAUAAGAUGGCUGGAGACAUUUUGGGUGCCAUGGCCCAAGCUGUAGAGAGGUCUGCUCUCGUCCUUGUUUGCAUGACUCAGAAGUACUUUGAGAGCUAUAAUGGGCGCACAGAAGCGACCUACGCCUACAAACUGAAGAAACCCAUCAUUCCUUUACAGCUGGAGGAGGGUUACGAGGGGGAAGGCUGGCUGGGGGCUCUCGUUGGUACUCUGCUCUAUUACAAGAUGUUUUCAAAUGAGGUCAUCCCGGACAAUCUUCCUGGACUCAUCAAGGAGAUAGGAGACAGAGGCAAGAUGCCCAAGAAAGUAUCAGUCAAGCAAAAUGGAAUCGGACCCCAGAAGUCCAGGAUCACCACCUCCCCACCACCUCGGCCCGAGGCCCCUAUUCUCCCUGCCAAGUCUUACAGCAAGGGAUCCUCAGCGAGUGCUAUCUCCAGGUGGAGCACGGAGCAAGUCCAGGCCUGGCUGGAGACCAAUAACAUCCACACGCUCCAUACUACACUCUGCAGUCUCAACGGAGAGCAGCUGGUCCAGAUGCGCAAGCAGCUUGCCAGAGCUCCAGAGUUCUUUCACAAGAACCUGAAGGAAGAGCUGAAUCUGGGAUUCAUCUCCAUCUUGACCCUGACAGCCGCCCUUGAUAAGUUGCUGAUUUGAAGAGGGCUGGAUGCAAGGAUUGUAAGGGAUGAUUCAGAUUCAGGGAGAAAAAGCAAUUGGACCAAAGUGUGGUCAAGUUGAAGGGGGCUAGGAUCCGCAGAUGAUUCUUGCCAAUGUGGAAAGAAAGGCUAGUCAUAUUGAAGUGAGGCCAGUGAAAAGGGUCAAGGAUUUAGAGAUAGUUCUUUGCCACUUUUGAAAGAAAUAUAGAUCACUUGAAGGUGUUGUCAAGUUGAAGGGGGUAAGGGCUUGCAGAUUAUUCAUGCCAAUCUUUGAAGAGACACUGAUCAGAUCAAAGUGUGGCCAAUUUGAAGGGACCAAAGAUGUGCAGAUAGUUCUGGUCAAUCUUCAAAGGAACACUGGUCAUAUCAAAGUGUGGUGAAUAAAAAGUGAGUGAGGAAUUGAAAUGGGUGAAGUUUUGUGAACAUUAGGCCAGUGUGAACAUUCACUUGUGGUCGAGGGUGAAAAAUCUUACUGAUCAGGCUGAUUGAGAUGCUUAGAUGAUCAAAUUGGCAAUGUUUGAUGUUUGAACAUUGGCAUCAAACUUUUGAGAUGUGUGUCAUAUGGAUCACCUAAUCCCGACCACACCCAAUUGCUUCCUGAUCCAGUAUUGUUUUUGAUAAAUUCUUACAUGUGACCCUCAUACCAUGCCUUCAUGGUUUUACUGAAAUAUAUGAAAAAGAACCAUGCUAUUUUGAGAUUGGCAAAGACUAGAUUUAUGCACAUGCUGAUAACUUGGCAUGGGAUGGUAUGAGUCACUGUGUUUUACUGAUUUUUAGCUUGUGAUGAGGUACAUUACUCUUCAGGUCAUCAACAUCAACAUGUGAAACCAUCGCCAAGUUUAUGUCAAGCAUGCUACGUGUACACUGCAGGCAAUUUACAGAGUGGGUGGCAAGUUACAUGCAUAAGCAUUCAUUACUGACCCUAAGUAUCUGUAUACAGAAUAAUGAUGGAAUCAUGUAUGAAUGCCGUGAUUAGAGUACCACUUUGAUCUAAAGCCAAGAGAGGAUUGGGAUGUAGAGUUCAUGACACCUUGCGAAAUAUAUAUAAUCUCUGAUGACUAUGAAUGCGCUGCAAUAUAUAGAUAUUUUUAUAACUGGAUAUUUUUCAAUUCAUCAUGUGUAUUGUAAGUGACAUUCUAUGUUUUCAUAGGUUGCAGUAAUGUGCAAUUUUUUUGUCUAGGAAGGAAAAAAUGAAACGGAGAAUGUGUUCAUCAUGAUUUUUUCACAACCCAUGACAGAAACUGUUAAUGGUUUACAGGGUACCACCAAAGCAUGUAUACCAGAUGCAAUCAUGUAUUGAGCUUCCAAUGUCUUUACUUAGUUUCGUCAGGUAUUUUGAAGAAAAUCAUGAAAAAAUAACUUAUGUGGAAGAAAUAAUUCACUCUUGCAAUUCUUUACUCGAUGUAAUGAAUGAAUAAUACCAAAAUGUGUUAUUCAAGUACCGUGUGCAGAUCAUUAUAUACCCUGUGUGAAGAUCCUGUGUAAUGAAAAUGCUAUUUUUAAGCCAACUAUUAUACUCGGUACAUAAUCCUAUGUUAAUAAUGCUAAGGUAUUAUCUAAAGUGGAAGAAAUCUACUCUCCAAAAGGCCCUGUCAUUAACAAAUAUUUCAAUAUUCAAUAGAGUUUAAUUUUAAAAGUGCAGGCACUUGUGUUUACAUUUACAUGUAGUAGAAUAAACCGUUAUAAGCCAAUGAUAGUGACUAUAAUCCCUUGUGCUAUCACCACUGCUCUUUAUGAUAUCAUAAUGUGAAGCAAACCUUGAGUUUUUAUGAUAGAUGAAUUGUUUUUGUUGAUGUAUAAUUGCAAUCCAAGUUAUUGAUUCUGAUAAUGAGUACCCGUAAGGACAGACUUUUAUACGUUUUGUAAUAACUAUUAUUACAUGAAUGAUGGGAAACGGCAAUUGUGCUGAUCAAUGCAUGAUUGAAAACUGCAAUUGUGGUGAUCAUUGCACAGAAUAGUCUGUGUGUUCCAUUAUCAUUUAUUUUGGUAGUAAUAAUCAUUGCAAGCUCUGUAAUAAGAUAACACAAGUAUCCAUUGCAGAGUUCUUUACUUUUGGCAAAUUUUCAGGAAGUUCAGUAUUCGAGUCGGAGAGAUGAGAUGUUGUAAACCAAACUUUUGGAUAUUGAAUAUAUACAAAGAUCUAGUGCUUGUGGCCGUAAAUGAACGACACAAUAUCUAGUUAACUCGAUUAAAUCCUGUUCACACAUGACACAAUAAACGUUCUUUAAAAAAAAAUGCUUUAGCAAUCUAAAAACAGUUCUACAUGGAAAGGAAGAGAAAGCUUACCAGUAGUGCUUAGAUUCUUGGACAAGGUGUAUAACCCUAAUUUGUCUCUCUCAAACCAGGUUUAUUAAAUGGGCAAUGCUUGGUUAAUAAUACUUGCAGGAAAAGCAGUAGUUACACCAAUGUUGCUGCCCAUAGUAAGUGAGACCAAAACAUUAGUACUUGUAUUAUCAUUCAAAUAAUAGAAAAAACACUUUGCUUUGCACAAUUACAAAGGCCAUUAUGGGUACUGUGAUCGGCAUAUUAAGAGAUACAGAUUUUUGACACGAUACAUAUACAUCAUUUUAUUUUGCUACAACAAAAUUUAGAGGCUGUUUCCAAUCUUGUCUGAACGAGGCCAUAGGUGACAGACAAUCAUUGUCGGUGGCUCAGGAGAGUUAAUCCUACUUAAACCUGACCGUUGGUUAAGGGUAGAAAAGGAAGUUCAUUAUGGAAAGACUGUUAAAUUAAAGUUACCGGGUAAUGAAAGCUUUCCUGUUAACUGGCAGCCUACUUACUAUGAGAGCUGUUAACUGGGCUACUGUCCUAUUUUAGGAUAAUUUGUUAAAUUUUUCAUAUGGUUUCUUUCAUCAUUUCCUUUCUUGUAACCUAAUCAAUUCUGAAGUGUUAUUUCAUGACACAUAGAACAUGGAGAUGCAUGUGCCUAUGUAUUUUAUGAGAAUAACACAAUGAAGGAGAAAUGAUAGAUCUGUAAAGUGCUUUAAGAUGUAUUGCUAGUAUUAAGUGCUUAUAAAUCUAGAUCAUCAUCUUCAUCUUUACCAUAGACAUUGCCGUUUUUAUUCUUGCCAUCUUUUUAUCAUCAACCUUUCCUUUCUACUCUUCAUUUGAUUCUACAGCUUCUAUAUUUAUUAUUUGUUUUUACUACACUUUGUAUUAAAGUACAGAUUAUUAAUAGAUUAGUAGUAUGUCACCUCUCUGUGUCUUUUGUUAGCUAUGAUGUCAUGCUGGUUUGUGAAAUGUUUGAUGUUUUUAUUCAGGCUUCCAACAGUGACACUAGCGACAUAGUAGGUAAAAUAUAAAGUGUAUAUAUGUAUACACACAUAUAUAUAUAUAAUAUAUGUAAUAUGAUAUAUAAUAUAAUAUGAAUUAAAAUAUUUGCUCUUUCUCCUCAUUCUUUUUCUCCCAUCUCUAGUUCACUCUGCAAUAUUACAACAGUGUUACAUGCUACAAAAGGUUGGUCUUUUUAACAAUUAACACUGGCAGGACAGGUUGAAUUUGUGCCUUAGUUUGUCAUUAAGCAAUUAAAGCCUGAAAAGUGAUACUGGUAUUAAAUGUACGAAAUCAUUCUGUCAAUAAUGAAUUCUCAAUAUAAUGACGUAAACACUCGAUGAUGAAAAGAAGACACCAUUAUUUUAAUAUUUCAUUAACUUUCAAUGGAUAGUCCAAAACCUGUUGUAAACCAUUUCUAUUAUUAGUAAGUGGACAAGUGUGUAUACGUACAGCAUCAUAGAGUAUGAAAUAUUCAGUCUUUCAUUAAUAAUAACCAUUUGUGUUGAAAAGAUUCUACAUGUAUUUUUGUAAAUAAAUUUUUUAUUCACUAUUGUGCAAUAGCAA